UAUUUGGAGGCUUAGUCAUGAAAGAUCCAAUGUGGAUUCAAGCUGUUUUGCCUAUCAGGAAUGCUGGUUUUGGUUUAACGUCUGCAGUCACAACAGUUCCUUUUGCUUUCCUCGCAAGUUGGGCUUACACAAUGUUCACAUUACCUCAGCGUUUUCCAGAGAUGAAAGAGGCAAUCACCAAUUUGCUACUCAGCAAUCAGCCUGCUGGUUCAUUUGGCUACGAUCUUUACAACUCUCUUCCUACAGAUGGUUUCUUGCCAGAUCUGGUCACAAAUCAUGUUAAGUUGCAGCACGGGCUCACAGAAAACCAUCACAACUCCAAGGUACAAGAAUUUAUGGAUCAUCUCAGUACAUCUAGAGAUAGAUCUCGCUUUCAAUCACUGCAAGGACAGGGUGCAGGAGCAUGAUUAUCUGCAGUCCCAUCCAUUUCAGCGCUUGCACUAUCUUCCAACAAAUUUAAUUUGGCAACGCUGAUCAGGUUGGGCUGCAAGAUACCACAAUGUACAGAGAUUUAGGCCAAGAAGGCUACCACCUGGUCACAUGCAAAACUGGAGGGGGUCCUAUUUGAACACACAAUGUUAUCGUGCAUGUCUGGUCAGAGUGUUUGAUCAAACUGAACUUCCAGCAAAGCAAAGAACCGACUCAUCGAUACCUCAACAACGACAACAGACCAGACGUUGUUAUUGAUCCCCA